AUGAGGGAAAUUGCGACUAUGAAGAACGAUGUGAUGUUCCUGGACGCGAGCUUCACCGUCAUAUCCAAUUUUGUGGGAUUGAGGCGCGAGGAGGUGGUGUCCGCUGCAACCCAACUACUGAUGCAAGGCAACCCCGUAAGAUCCGGCGCGAAAGCAGAGGCAGGUGGCACCAAGAAUGCCCCACACACUCCACAGCGUCCAUCCGGGCGCAAGAGGCUUGUUGACAGCAGUUCAGAGGAGGAUGUCAUACGCAAUGCCACCCGUGUUGCGCUGGCCUCCUCGUUCGUUGCAUGUGAUCUGACAGCGCGCUUGCUGCAAAACCCGCAGCUGUCGGGAGGGACCAUACCUCACUGGAUGUUCACCCGCGGGAGACCGCUGCUCGGGGUGAUGGUGCCGGUUGGAGCUGAUGCGUGGGGAGAUACGAGCGGCCACGAGACGGUGAAGGCAGAAGAAGAGGAGGAUCUCGUGUCAUACACGGAGGACGAAGAGGAUGGUGACGACACGUGUGCAACGAAGUACACAGGAGUGAAGUUGGAGAAAGCAUCAGGCAAGUUCGGUGUGAAGAUCCUGAUCAAAGAAGGAGGAAAGCGUAGGCAACAGCGGCUGGGUGCAUACACAUUGGAGGAGGAGGCGGCGUAUGCGUACGCCGCAGGUGCGUUCGUCCUGAGGCCACGAGACAAGAUACCCAACACGGUCAGUCUGUCAGCCGCAGAGAAGGCGAUGCUGCGUGGAUGCACCAAGGAAGAUAUGCAGCUCCUGGUGGAAGCGCCGAAGUGGUGGAGGUGGCGGAGCUGGCGGGAGGUGCGGGAGGGCGUGAACUGGAAGGUGAAACGAGGGAGGAAGCGAGUGGUUGCCACGCGCACGUCAAAGAGGCAGAGGGUGGUGGAUAGAAACAAGGCGGCCAACAAACCAGACGAUCCUGACAAUGCUGAGAGUGGGGGAACGGCCCCUGUGCACAAUGAUGACGGCACUGGUGUAGAGAGUGCUUCAUCGUCCGAGCGCAAUGAAGAGGAUGGCGAGGCAGAAUCAGACACAUCGGCCUCAGCCUCACCCGAAGAAUCCGGCGAACCUGCCACUGGAGGGAAGACGGCCGACAAUGGGUGUGCGAGAACCGCUUCACCCAAAGCAGACGGGCGUGAAAGUCGGGGCGCGGGGGAGACGGAUGUGUAUCGGGGCGAAGGCCGAGGACAUGUGGACGGGCAUGUGGACCGCGCAUGCGGGACCCCAGUGGACACCGACGGCCAUGACGUGCGCAUCUCGAGCCGGGUUCUAGAGCAACUCAUCCGGGCUCAGGACAGGAGCGCCAAGGAGAACGCGCGGUUGGAGGUGUUGUUUUUGAAUGCAAUGGCGGAGCGUUCUGGUGGAUCUCGUAAGCAUAAGGCUCGGAAGCAAAGAGACCCGGAGCAGGGGUGCAUGAACCUGAAGCGUAAGCGUGGCGAGACAUGGAGCGGCGGGUCGGACGAUGACGGAGAGGAGGACGAGGAAGAUACGCAUGGUUCUGGUGGUCGUCAUAUGCGUACUGCAAAGUCUCCUAUUCUGCAACGCGCGUUGGCGCAUCUGCCGACAGACAACACGUGGAAGCGGGUGUGCGAGCUGGCCAGAGUUCACUUGUUUCUCAACAGGCCCAUGUCGUCGAUGACCUUCUACCUGAGCAGCGACGAUAAGACUCACGGAGUGUGCACGGUGCUAGACCGCUUGCCUCACAGCUUCGCCUGUUUGGCGUUGGCGGCUGACAAGUCGCGACGGGCGGAUCUCAACAAGACACUGUGGGCGCACGACAGGGAUGGCAUGCCGUUUGCCUCCCGGGCGUUCGCGACAUGUGCGAAGGCUGCCUUCAAGCCGAAGAAGGCAGGGCUGGUGAUGACCCUUAAGGUCUCCGACUGCGUCCUCUACUGGGAGGCGCGGAAAGGCCGGCUCUCCAACUCGGCGGGCGGGAACGCCCACGUGGUGGAUGAGCUCAAGGUCCUGGUCAAGGAGGCCGUGGAGAGGGCGAUCCGUAUCGGCAACCCCGAGUAUGACGGCGGAGCGCGAAGCGUGGAUUUGGGGGCGCCAUGGCCUGCGCAUCUCUGCGUGCGGCCUGGAGCACAUGAAGCCCGCGGCCGCCACCGAGCUGCUAGGCAUCGUAGGGGAUGA